GUUAGAUGAAGUCGGUGGAACUUCGCAAAACUGUGUCCCAGUAAAUCAAGCGAAUUUCGUUUGUGUGGGACUCGAGCAACUGAAUGGGGGUACUUCUACCCAGUCCAUCUACGCCGGAGCUGUCUUUUCUUCUUUCACCCCCCCACGAAAUUACGACCAAAUUCGCUGUGCCCUAAUUUCUCGAAAGUCCGAACUGUUCUCAUAAACUCGUCCCGCUGAUCGAGUGCCAAACAAAGAAAUUCCUGACCAAAUCCGAUCGACGAACAAAUAAAAACCUGGCUGCGGAUAUUUGGAAGCGCCUAUUCCCACCCCUUCGAACCAGACGAGCCGUCCCAGUCAUCUCCCAAAUCGGGAUAGGCCGGUGUUCCACUCCCGGGAUGGACAUAAACCUAUUCAAGUUCUGCUCGGGCCUCAAAGUCCUGGGCUACUUCAUGAUCCUCCUAGUCGUUUCAAUUAUCGCCGUCUCGUACUACGCCGUUGUGGUGCUCACCUGGGGCCCACAGUUGCUUCGCGGUGGGAUCCACUCCUUCCUGGCCUUCUCUAUUCUCUUUCUCUUCCAUGUUCUGUUAAUCCUGUUAACAUGGAGCUACUUCAUGGUAGUGUUUAAGAACCCUGGUUCUGUGCCUGAAAAUUGGAGACCUGUAACAGAGGAGGAUAAUAUGGAGGCUGGUAGCUCUACGGCGUCGUAUCAUCAUGCUGCACCUGAGGCUUUAGCUUCUCCAUGGUCUUCUUCAGAUGGACGUGGACUGGAAAGAAAACCGAUAGGCUAUUGUAGUCAAUGCCAAAAUGGGAAGCCACCACGUUGCCAUCAUUGCUCCAUUUGCCAAAGAUGUGUUCUGAAGAUGGAUCAUCAUUGUGUUUGGGUGGUGAAUUGUGUUGGAGCGUUCAACUAUAAGUUUUUUCUUCUCUUCUUGCUUUAUACAUUCAUUGAGACAACAAUGGAUACCUUAGUUUUGCUGCCUAGUUUUAUCCAAUUCUUUAGUGAAGCCAAGAAUCAUUCUACCUCUCCUGGAAGUCUGGCAAUCUUGUUUUUGGCAUUUGUUCUAAAUUUAGCCUUUGCGCUGAGUCUUCUUUGUUUCAUAGUUAUGCAUGCAUCUCUUGUGUUGAGCAAUACCACGUCAGUCGAGGUUUAUGAGAAGAAGAAAGCAGUCAGGUGGAGGUAUGACGUGGGCAGGAAAAAGAAUUUUGAGCAGGUUUUUGGCACAAAAAAGGCACUAUGGUUGUUACCAGUGUUUUCGAAAGAAGAUCUGGACAAGAUACCUGCACUUCAGGGCCUCGAAUUCCCGACACGUUCAGAUGUUGAGGCUUAAUUUGAGGCUUCGUGAGCUUACAAUUUUUGUUUUUUGUUUUUUGUUUUAAAUCUCAUUCUGGGCAGUGUAGCUUUUGUGGUAUUUACUAUACUAUGAUGUUUGUAACAUAUUGGCCCUGGAAAAUUGUGUUCUGAUGUGUUAGAUUUAAUCUGUUUUUAUAAUAUUGAUCAGCAUGUGUGUAAUAAUAUAUUUGGCCCAGUGGAUAUUUAAUUUUACAGGGGUCAUCUAACAGGAGCCUUUUUUUUUUUGUUGGAUUUGUCGAUAUAAAGUGCACAAAUAUUGGGAGC